UAUUCUUUAGUAUGACAUUUCUACUGCCUGAAACUAUUCACAAGAAAGAAAAUAUAAAGAAUAUUCCGGAGCUCUGUGAAUUGAUAUGUUGAGGAUAUUCACGCCUGAAAUAUUUGUUUGUUGUCAAAAUCACCCGACAGUUGCCCAGCCGAUUGACUUGUCGGGGAAGAAUCCCACAGCUUUUUGUUUCAACAAUCUGAAAUCCUGCGCAGAUGUCAAACGGUUAUAAUGAUGCCUAUCCAUCCUUCACCUACUCACCUUCUCAUCUACUCACUGUUGGCAAAACCACACAAAUCACCAUCAAGCAAGAUGGUAUCCCGCUGCCACGAAAUUCUCAACCUAGGCCAGGCCAUCGAGGUCCAAAUCAACGAGUGCCGCUUUUGUAUGUUCAAUCUCAACUUUGAGCCUAAAGCCUUGGGAGCACGCUAUGUCAACGGCUCCACGAUCGUGGUGAUCGUUUCUGGCCACGCAGCUAUAAUGUGCAGCAUCACUCCCUGCUGCGCUGGCGAUCUCCUCGGCGAUCGUGACGCAGCGCGCAGAAACGCUCGUGCGAAGAUGGAAGAGGUGAAAGGUUGGUACGACGAAUUUAAAGACGGUUUCUUCCCUACUGGUCCUCACGAGACGCACUGUAUUGUUUGGUGUUCCGUCUUCGAACUUCCUCCUAGCCAGGGAGGUCGGGAUCCCAACACAGCCCAAGGUGACCAUGUCCCUCAUCCGACUCACCCUCGCCCGUCUCACCCCGGCAUUACUGUGGCCAUGCCACAUCAGAUCGAGAUUAUAGGGCAGGUACUGCAUGAAAUGGAGCUGGAGCCAGAGUUCAAGUUCUACCUUUUCCGUGAAGUGCCGGAUGAGCAAGGUAGUCGCGGCACUAUCUUGGUGGAUGGUAGAGGUAUGUCGAUUGAGGUCUAUAUGCAUGACCGGCUAGUUCACGUCGUCGAAACUCCCCGUCAAGUGGCUCAGAGAUUGCUCAAAUAGUUGCGCUUUGAGUUUUCGGCUCAAGGCCACAGCCACAGUUUAUCAAGCUAUGGUGGAGGGUUUCUUGGUAUGUCACUGAAAGUAUUUUAUAUCUGAAUCCUAGCUAACUAUUAUCUCCUCCAGGAGUGUUGAUUGGGGCUGUUAUCGGGGUUUU